AUGCCAACUGACACUGUAAGGGGUAUCAAGAAGAAACGUAAUCGAAAAAACAUUUCUUAUAUAGCUCCAUCAUUAAAUAUAACACUUUUUCAAGAAAGCAAGCAAUUCUUAACUCAGAACAACGCAAGCAUCAAACAAUGUUGUAAAUUGAAAUUUCAUUCAUUUCUCUCCCAAAUCUGUUCUAAUCCCCAAACACAAGAGCAAAAGCUUCAACUUUCAGACACAGUGGUUACUCAUGUUAAAACAUUUUGUUCAAGUCUUCCAAACUAUAGUAUUCUUUCAGAUUGUGAUAAAUCCCAGGUAGAUGAAAUAUUGAUAAAGAUAUGCAGGAAACAUAUAAGUCAAAUAUUUGUGAACGCAAAAAAGAAGGCGAAACUUCGUAGAAGAUCUGGAGUCUCAAAAAGCAAAAAUUCAGACAACCUUUUUGACUUUGAAAACGACGAAGAUGUGUAUGACAUCAAUUCUGAGGAAUAUAAAUUGUAUCAAGAGCAUUUACGUAAAUCAUCAUCAGCGAAAAUGAGACGCUCAAGACCUGUCAACCCUGCCAACGUUGUUGAGUUGUAA